AUUGACAGCACCCAGGCACCGGAGAUUCAAGGCCUCGCUCUCUUUGCCUUCCCUUUCUGCACAUUAUUUGGGGUGUGUGCGUGCCUGAAAAAUAUAAACAAUUUUUGCUUUGUGCUGUGUUGCGUUUGUCUACCCUCCUUCUCCGAGAUGGCUCCAGUAAUUAGUCUUUUACGCACUGUUUGGGAUCCCGUAGCCAUUCGUCUGGAACGAUUGGUGCGAAAGAUUGCUGCCGAGCUCCCCAUUGACAAUGACUGGAGUCAAUCCGUCAAGGGAUCGUGGUACGUCCACCCACGACAACACGCCAUUGAAAUUGUUUUCCUAUCGAGUGCCUUUGCGUCUGCAGCAUCCUAUUUUUUCAUGCGAGCGCUCGGCCCUGGCACCUUGAACUUCAAGCUCCUGACAUCCUUUGUCCCAUCUACCCCGGCCAGUUGGGGCGAGAAGCUCUUGCUUGGCUCACUGAUUGGAUCCUUGGGACUGACACUGACACACAAGCUGAUCCGAGGCACCGGUCUGUUUAUGCUCCAGCCAUGCCAUAUGGGCGCACUCUUGCUGAUAUCGGUCAUGUCUGCCCCUGAGAAGAUUGUGUCCAAGAUCCUGUUCAAUAUUUACUUGCAUACCCAGUGGGGAGGUUAUGCUGCUUUGGCAUUCCCGGAUUUACGUGGUCACGAUUUGUUCCUGGAGACCUUUAAUUUUUUUGCCGAGCACAUUUUGAUUUUGGCUGCGCCGGUCUAUAUGAUCUACAGUGGCCGCUACCUCGUCUUGCCUGCAUCCCCUAACAUGGCCAUGUUGUCGUUCUUUGUCUAUGGUUUCUUCCACUCGCCGCUGUUGCAUGCUUGUGCCCUUCGAUCUGGCUUGAACUUGAACUACCUUUUUGCACCACCACCGAGUAAGUACUGUUAUCCCACUAUUCUAUGGAUUGCCGAUAUUAUGCUCACUGUCGUUUUGAUCAAAUAGUCAAAAUCUUGAUUAAGCUUGGUCCCAUGUAUCGUACUGCCAUGUACGGAACUGCGCUGGUCGCCAUGUUUGCUACUCGUUAUUUACUAGUCGGUGGUAUCAUGUCCGUCUUGCCUCGCAAGACUUUGUAUUUGUAGAAACCUUCUCGUCUUCAUUUUGAUUUUGUCUGUUUUUUUUCUUCUUCUUUCUCUUUGCAUGUAAACCUUAUCCAAUUUCCUGCAUUUGCAUUGUUCUCCUAUUACUAUUUGUUAAUUACUUUACAUUUUUCUAUUCCAGAAAAGCAUUUCAUACAUAUCAAAAAAGUACUAUUAUUAAUAAGAAUUGAUGUGUUAUUUUCUUGACAAUAUUUGCUAUGUACCUUUUUAUAAUAUCAAAAUUAGAACAGAUACGCUCUGCUCUUUCUCUCUGGUAUGACCAUACAAAGCAAACCGACAACCAGUGAAAACAAGCGGCGCGCUUGUCUAUAAGUUACUUAUGGGCUGGUCGAGUAGUAUG